CUUUACCUCCCAGGUCCCAGACUGUGAGCCAUGGCUGCCACGGCCUCUGUGUCUGCGCGCUUGGCAUGCAGCGGCGAGCUGCUCACUGUGGUGGACAUCAACCUGGAUGAGACCGUGGCAAAUCUCAGAUCCGUCAUUGCAAAGACUGCUGGCGAGACCUGUUCUAUGUGGCUACUGACCGCUGGGCGCUUGCUGCUGGAUGGCGAACUGUUGAGGGAUUUGACUUCGGCUGGCUCUAGUUUCGCCGUGGACAUUGUCCGGUGCCAACCCAUGCCGCAGCUGGCACCACCACCAGCAGCUCCCAGCAAUGUCCGGGUAUUCUUGCGCUGUGCCCUUACAGGAGACGCCAUGGGCGAAGUGCGCCUGUGGCCCUUGGACAGCGUCGCUGCGCUGCGGGAAGCGGUCCUGCGCUUGUGCUUUGACGACAGCGCCGCAACGGAAGAAGGGCCUCUGCAGCUGCUUCUGGGAGAGAGUUGCCUAGCUGGGCCACUUCCACUUUGCAGCGCUGGUGUCAGGGACGGCGCGGUGCUGGACGUCCUGCGCUGCGAGGGUCGCUGCUUGCUGACGGCCUCGGCGGAUGGCACGGUGCGGCUGUGGGAUGCUGAACAUGGCGCCCAUCUUGGUAGCUUACAACAAGGCGAAUGGGCCACAUCCUUGGACUUUCACGCCGAGAGUUUGCAGUUGGCUGUGGGACUUUUCGAUUGCACAGUGAAGAUUUGGUCUCUCCAGCAUUGUUCCUGUCGUCUGACCUUGCGUGGCCACCAGGGCCCCGUGAUGUCCGUGGCCUUCAACGUGGAUGCCACGCUGCUGGCCACGGGUUCCUACGAUCGCAGCGCCAGAAUUUGGAGGGUCCAGGAUGGAGUUUGCCUGCAGAGUCUCAAUGGCCAUAGUGAUGGCCUGAAUAGCGUGAGCUUUGGAAACCUGGCACCUGUCCCCGAGCCAGGUGCCGACGCGGGACCCACGUCCUGUCUGCUGACUGCCUCGCUCGACCGCACCGCGCGGGUGUGGCACUUGGACGCGCCAAACGACGGCGCCGCGGCCGCGGCCGCGCCGGCCAUGGCGCAUCCAGGGGAGGUGAACAGUGCCAAGUUCGACAAGGACUGUGCUCGCAUCUGUACCGCCUGCGCAGACCACCAGGUCAGGCUUUGGGACCGAAAUUUCUCGUGUCUCCACGUCUUCGGUGGCUUUUCCAGCGCGGUGUCCAUGGCCAUGUUUUCACCCAACGGCUCUUUGCUGUGUGCCGUUGGUGCAGACGGAGAGGCGCGCUUGUGGGAAGCCGAUGGCUCCAAGGAACAACUUCUGUGCCUCAAGGGGCACCAUGACGUGGCCACCUUUGUCACAUUUUCCCCCGACGGCCAGUGUGUGGCCACUUGCAGCAGCGACGGUACCGCGCGGCUGUGGAACAUCGAGAGCAACCGAUGCGAGCGGAUCUUCACAGGACAUGGCGAUGCCGUGAUGGCUGCCUGCUUCUUGUGCCGCGGCGACCUGGGAGAAUCCGCAUGCAAAAAGAUGAGCACCACAGGAUGUGAGAUACCUGGAUGUUUGCCUGAGAAUUCCCAGUUCAAAACAUACAUGAGCGUCAGUGUGUUGCUCUCGGGUUUGUAUUCACGUCGGACUCCGUGA